ACACCGAAGUGACUUCAGAUCAGUUUAGAACACAGGAAAGGACUGUACAUAGGAGGGAAAUAUGAUAUUUUCAGUUUUACUAGCAGGUUUUGUUCUGGUCAAUGGCGCUGAUGUGGAAAGGAGAGGUUUACAGACCAUGGAUUCAUUUUCUCUACAAACCUUUAUGCAACUAUUCCGACAAACACUGUUAGACAAAGUUGCCCUGGAAAUGAAUGCGACCGUAGACAUGAGUAAACAACUUAAAAUCAAAAUGGACAGCUGUAAACCAAAAAUACAGACAAAGACGAACGAAUGUAAAAGCUGUGCAAAGUCAGCAUGCCAAGAAUCUCCGUCAUUUACCGAUUACCUUAAUCUUGCCAAUCCCUACACAUAUUUAGAAGGUCCGCUGAAUGACAUGGCUGGAAAGCUGGGGGAUGCCGUUGAUCUCUUAGGUGACAAGGCCGCUGGCUUUGUAAAUUCGAUGAAAGAUUUAGGAUCUUCCACUACCGGAAAAGUUUUUGAUGGCUUUUCGUCUGCCUUCAAUACCUUAAAAGAUGGACUAGACAAAGUUGGUGGUAGCUUUGUUGAUGCUGGAAACACUGUUAUAGAUACAGCUGGACUUCUUGGUGAUGGGUUCACAGAUCUUGGUAACGGUUUGACUGACAGUAUCAAAGAUGCUGGUCACGCUAUUGAACACGUUGGCAGCAGCAUUGGGCAUGCUAUCGGAGGUAUAUUUGGUAAGAAAAGAGAGAUUGAUGCUAAAGCGAGGCAAUGUAUGGAAAAGUGUGCUUCAUGCCGACCAUUGUUGUUACCUAGUCAAGCAGAAAUGAUAACAGCAGUUUGUGGAGGCGACAUUGUCUCAAUGAACACAACAAUCACCAACCGAGUAAAGAAAAUCCAAGCGGUAUAUGACAGUGCCCUAGAUAAAGCACACCCAAUUAUUAAAAAGCUCCAAUUCGACCCAAGUUCAAUGAACAGCAAAAUGCAGCUGAGCAAUGUGCACAUCACCGUACGUUUGAACGGACAUGACACUUCAUACAAAACUGUUGUACCUUACUCAAUGAUGAACAUGCCAGAGACCGCCAGAAACAUGGCCAUGGAAUACUGGGGCAAGGUUACAGUCUGAAUUUUUUACUGUUAUGUUUAGUAAUAAUAUACAAUAAACUCAUAUUCAGACGGG